GAAGUAACCCCGCUUCUGUCUCGGCAUCACGCCACCGUGAUGUUGCUGUCAAAGGGGGCUGCGGAGUGAACGUCUCGGCCGACUGUGACAGACUAGUCGCCGUCGGAGGAUUAGAUAUGCUAUUAGCGCUUUAACCACAUAGAAGAGAACCCCGUCGGGAUCAGCACAUCAGAAUUGCUUGCCGACUCUUUUUGCACGUAUUUGGAGCCUGCCAGUGUCGUCCGGCCAUGGCAGAGCAGGACCCAGCUGUAGAUAAGCCUCCGGCCUCUUUGGCCUCUCACUUCACCAUCGGCUCCGUGUCGGAGGAUAACUCUGAGGAUGAGGCUCUGGGCAAGUCAGGGCUGCCCACGGAGGAGAAAGAGCGUUCCCUCUCUCCGUCCUCUAUGAGCUCAGACAGCACUUACGAGAUGGGAUUUGAAAGCCUUGAUGGACCGUUGCACAACAUGAGGCCUAGUAUGUCAGGGCUGCACCUGGUGAAGCAGGGCAGAGAGCGCAGACGUAUAGACUUACAAAGGGACUUCACCGUGGCCUCCCCUGCUGAGUUUGUCACACGCUUUGGAGGAACUAAAGUCAUCGAGAAGGUGCUCAUUGCCAACAAUGGCAUUGCUGCCGUCAAGUGUAUGCGCUCUAUCAGGCGCUGGGCUUAUGAGAUGUUCCGAAAUGAGCGGGCCAUCCGCUUCGUCGUCAUGGUCACCCCCGAGGACCUAAAGGCCAAUGCAGAAUACAUUAAAAUGGCUGAUCAUUAUGUACCCGUUCCUGGAGGAACCAACAAUAACAACUACGCCAAUGUGGAGCUUAUUUUAGACAUUGCCAAGAGAAUUCCAGUUCAGGCCGUGUGGGCUGGUUGGGGUCAUGCAUCGGAGAACCCAAAACUUCCUGAGCUGCUUCACAAGAACGGCAUCGCCUUCAUGGGUCCUCCCAGCCAAGCAAUGUGGGCUCUAGGAGACAAGAUUGCAUCUUCCAUUGUGGCGCAAACUGCUGGCAUCCCAACUUUACCAUGGAGCGGAACAGGGCUAACUGUGGAGUGGUCGGAAAAUGACCAGAAGAAGCAUAUCAUCAAUGUUCCACAUGAGCUCUAUGAGCAGGGCUGCAUCCAGGAUGUGGAGGCUGGUCUCAAGGCUGCAGAAAAGGUGGGCUACCCCGUGAUGAUCAAAGCCUCAGAAGGCGGAGGAGGAAAGGGCAUCCGCAAGGUCAACAGUGCUGAUGACUUCCCCAACCUCUUUAGACAGGUGCAAACGGAAGUUCCCGGCUCCCCCAUCUUCGUCAUGCGUCUAGCUAAGCAUGCGCGCCAUCUGGAAGUGCAGAUCCUGGCUGAUCAGUACGGCAACGCCAUCUCCCUGUUUGGCAGGGACUGCUCCGUACAGCGCCGACACCAGAAGAUCAUAGAGGAGGCACCUGCCACCAUCGCCACCUCUGAUGUGUUUGAGAAUAUGGAGAGGUGUGCAGUGAAGCUGGCUAAGAUGGUGGGCUAUGUGAGUGCAGGCACAGUGGAGUAUCUGUACAGUCAGGACGGCAGUUUCUACUUCCUGGAGCUGAACCCACGUCUGCAGGUGGAACAUCCCUGCACCGAGAUGGUGGCUGACGUCAACCUUCCUGCUGCCCAGCUGCAGAUUGCCAUGGGCAUCCCUCUGCACCGCAUCAAGGACAUCCGCAUGCUGUACGGUGUGCAGCCAUGGGGAGACUCCCCCAUUGACUUUGAAGCACUCUCUACCACCCCCUCCCCACGAGGACAUGUCAUUGCAGCACGCAUCACCAGUGAAAACCCAGAUGAGGGAUUCAAGCCCAGUUCAGGGACGGUGCAGGAGCUGAACUUCCGCAGCAACAAAAACGUGUGGGGCUACUUUAGCGUGGCAGCCGCUGGCGGACUGCACGAGUUUGCCGACUCUCAGUUCGGACACUGCUUCUCGUGGGGCGAGAAUCGUGAGGAGGCCAUCUCGAACAUGGUGGUAGCUUUGAAAGAGCUGUCUAUCAGAGGAGACUUCAGAACGACAGUGGAGUAUCUGAUCAAACUGCUGGAGACUGAGAGCUUUCAGCACAACAGCAUUGACACAGGCUGGCUGGACAGACUCAUCUCAGAGAAAAAUGCUGAGCGGCCGGACACUAUGCUGGGCAUAGUGAGUGGAGCACUGCAUGUGGCGGAUGUAAACUUCAGGAACAGCGUGUCUAAUUUCCUCCAUUCUCUGGAGAGGGGUCAAGUGUUACCUGCUAACACACUGUUGAACACAGUGGAUGUGGAGUUGAUCUAUGAGGGAACUAAAUACGUUCUGAAAGUGGCCCGUCAGUCUCCCACCUCUUACGUGGUCAUCAUGAACAACUCUUCAUCGGAGGUGGAUGUCCACCGACUGAGCGACGGCGGCCUGCUUCUGUCCUACGACGGUAGCAGCUACACCACAUACAUGAAGGAGGAAGUGGACAGGUACCGUAUCACUAUCGGUAAUAAGACCUGUGUGUUCGAGAAGGAGAACGACCCAUCCCUGCUGCGCUCGCCCUCUGCUGGCAAACUUAUCCAGUACACCGUGGAGGAUGGAGGCCAUGUGUUCGCAGGACAGUGUUAUGCUGAAAUUGAGGUGAUGAAGAUGGUGAUGACACUGACUGCAGUGGAGUCUGGCUGCAUCCACUAUGUAAAGAGAGCAGGAGCCGUGCUGGAGCCUGGCUGUGUUAUUGCUAAACUGCAGCUGGACGACCCCAGCAGAGUCCAACAGGCGGAGUUACACACAGGAGCUUUGCCCAGUGUCCAGGCUGUGGCUCUUAGAGGAGAGAAGCUACACAGAGUCUUUCACAACACUCUUCACCACCUGGUCCACAUCAUGAGUGGCUUCUGCCUGCCCGAACACUUCUUUAAUGCCAGGCUGAAGGAGUGGGUUGAGCGGCUGAUGAAGACUCUGCGGGACCCCUCUCUGCCCCUGCUGGAGCUGCAGGACAUCAUGACCAGUGUGUCCGGCCGAAUCCCCCCUGCAGUGGAGAAGGCCAUUAAGAAAGAGAUGGCUCAGUAUGCCAGCAACAUCACGUCUGUGCUUUGCCAAUUCCCCAGCCAACAGAUUGCCAACAUUCUGGACAGCCACGCUGCUACACUGAACAGGAAGUCAGAGCGUGAGGUUUUCUUUAUGAACACCCAGAGCAUCGUGCAGCUCGUCCAAAAGUAUCGCAGUGGUAUUCGGGGUCAUAUGAGGGCAGUGGUGAUGGACUUGCUGAGGCAGUACUUGAAGGUGGAGGUGCAGUUCCAGCAUGGACACUAUGACAAGUGUGUAUUUGCGUUACGUGAAGAGAACAAAGGGGACAUGGCCAACGUGCUCAACUACAUUUUCUCCCAUGCUCAGGUCACUAAGAAGAAUUCUCUGGUCACUAUGCUAAUUGAUCAGUUGUGUGGGCGAGACCCUACAUUGACAGAUGAGCUCAUGUCUAUCCUUACUGAGCUCACACAGCUCAGCAAGACCACCAAUGCCAAAGUGGCAUUGCGUGCCCGCCAGGUGCUGAUAGCGUCUCACCUGCCGUCAUACGAGCUGCGGCACAACCAGGUGGAGUCCAUCUUCCUUUCAGCCAUUGACAUGUACGGACACCAGUUCUGCAUCGAGAACCUGCAGAAACUGAUUCUGUCCGAGACAUCCAUCUUUGACGUGCUGCCCAAUUUCUUCUACCACAGCAACCAGGUGGUCCGAAUGGCUGCUCUAGAGGUGUACGUUCGGAGAGCCUACAUUGCGUAUGAGCUUAAUAGCGUCCAGCACCGGCAGCUGAAGGACAACACUUGCAUCGUGGAAUUCCAGUUCAUGCUGCCCACCUCGCAUCCCAACAGAGGGAACAUCCCCACUCUAAACAGAAUGUCCUUCUCGUCCAACCUGAACCACUAUGGGAUGGUUCAUGUGGCCAGUGUGAGUGAUGUUUUACUGGACGCUUCCUUCACCCCACCCUGCCAGCGCAUGGGAGCCAUGGUGUCUUUCCGCUCUUUCCAGGAGUUCACCAGGAACAUUAAAGAUGUCCUCAGUUGUUUUUCAGACUCUCCCCCCACCAGCCCCUCCUUCCCUGAAGGGGGAAACCCUGUGCUGUAUGGUGAAGAAGACAACAAGAGCACUCUGGAGGAGCCAAUCCACAUUCUGAAUGUGGCUAUUAAGACGGACAGUGACAUUGAUGAUGAUGGCCUGGCUGCCAUGUUCCGGGAUUUCACCCAGUCAAAGAAAUCACUGCUGUUUGAGCACGGCAUCCGAAGGCUUACAUUCCUUGUGGCUCAAAAGGAUUUCAGGAAACAAAUCAACUGUGAGGUGGACCAGAGAUUCCAUAGGGAGUUUCCCAAAUUUUUCACCUUCCGUGCAAGAGACAAGUUUGAGGAGGAUCGUAUCUACAGGCACUUGGAACCUGCCCUAGCCUUCCAGCUGGAGUUGAAUCGCAUGCGGAACUUUGCACUGACUGCCAUUCCAUGCGCCAACCACAAGAUGCAUCUGUACCUGGGAGCGGCUCGCGUGGAGGUGGGCACUGAGGUGACGGACUAUCGCUUCUUCGUACGCGCAAUCAUUCGCCACUCUGACCUCGUCACGAAGGAAGCCUCUUUUGAAUACCUGCACAAUGAGGCUGAGCGUCUGCUGUUGGAGGCCAUGGAUGAGCUGGAGGUGGCCUUUAAUAACACCACCGUACGCACAGACUGCAACCACAUCUUCCUCAACUUCGUCCCCACCGUCAUCAUGGACCCCUCUAAGAUUGAAGAGUCUGUUCGCUCGAUGGUGAUGCGGUACGGUAGCCGGCUGUGGAAGCUGCGAGUUCUCCAGGCUGAGCUGAAGAUAAACAUUCGUUUGACCCCUACAGGCAAGCAGAUUCCCAUCCGCCUCUUUUUGACCAACGAGAGUGGCUACUACCUGGACAUCAGCUUGUACAAGGAGGUCACCGACUCUCGCACGGGACAGGUGGGGCCCAAAGACCGACAGAUCAUGUUCCAGGCCUAUGGAGAUAAGCAGGGUCCUCUGCAUGGGAUGCUAAUAAACACUCCCUACGUCACCAAAGACCUGCUGCAGUCCAAACGCUUCCAGGCGCAGAGUCUGGGCACCACCUACGUCUACGACCUCCCUGAAAUGUUCAGACAGGCCCUGAAGAAGCUUUGGCAGUCUGUGGACACAUAUGCCCACCUUCCAAAGUGCCCACUGCCCUCUGAGCUGCUGACAUUUACUGAGCUGGUGCUGGACCCACAGGGACAGCUGGUGCAGAUGAACCGCCUACCCGGGGGCAAUGAGAUUGGAAUGGUGGCAUGGCGGAUGACCCUGCGGACUCCAGAGUACCCUGCAGGCCGUGAGAUCAUCGUGAUCAGUAACGACAUCACGCACAAGAUCGGCUCGUUUGGGCCGCAGGAGGAUGUGCUGUUCCAGCAAGCCUCAGAGAUGGCACGUGAAAGUGGCAUCCCACGCAUCUACAUCGCCGCCAACAGCGGCGCACGCAUCGGACUAGCCGAGGAGAUCAGACACAUGUUCCACGUGGCCUGGCAGGACCCGGCUGACCCUUACAAGGGAUUUAAGUACCUCUACCUCACACCUCAGGACUACAAGAAAGUGUCAGCACUAAACUCUGUGCACUGUGAGCAUGUGGAGGAUGAAGGAGAAUCUAGGUAUAAGAUCACAGAUAUCAUUGGAAAAGAGGAGGGUUUGGGAGUAGAGAACCUAAGAGGCUCAGGAAUGAUUGCUGGAGAAUCUUCACUGGCCUAUGAAGAGAUCAUCACAAUGAACCUGGUGACGUGCAGGGCUAUAGGAAUAGGAGCUUACCUGGUACGUCUUGGCCAGAGGACCAUCCAGGUGGAGAACUCCCACAUCAUCCUUACUGGGGCUGGAGCUCUUAACAAGGUGUUGGGCCGUGAGGUGUACACCUCUAAUAACCAGCUAGGAGGAGUGCAGAUCAUGCAUAACAACGGAGUCACACACACAACAGUCUGUGAUGACUUUGAAGGCGUUUACACUCUGCUGCAGUGGCUCUCCUACAUGCCCAAGAACACGUCAAGCCCCGUGCCGUUGCUGGCGGCCAAGGACCCCAUCGACCGGCCAGUGGAGUUCGUGCCCACCAAAACACCCUAUGAUCCCCGCUGGAUGCUGGCAGGACGGCCCAGCCAGAAUCCUAAAGGAGCCUGGGUGAGUGGUUUCUUUGAUCACGGAUCCUUCAUGGAGAUCAUGCAGCCAUGGGCUCAGAGUGUGGUGGUGGGCAGGGCCAGGUUGGGCGGGAUCCCAACUGGAGUGGUUGCCGUGGAGACCAGAUCUGUUGAGCUGUCCAUCCCCGCAGACCCAGCAAAUCUGGACUCAGAGGCCAAAAUCAUCCAGCAGGCCGGCCAGGUGUGGUUCCCCGACUCUGCUUUUAAAACAGCUCAAGCCAUUAAAGAUCUGAACCGGGAGGGUCUUCCACUCAUGGUGUUUGCCAACUGGAGAGGCUUUUCUGGAGGCAUGAAGGACAUGUAUGACCAGGUGCUGAAGUUUGGGGCAUAUAUUGUGGAUGGGCUGAGGGAGUAUAGGCAGCCUGUGCUGGUCUACAUCCCGCCACAGGCAGAACUGCGUGGAGGAUCAUGGGUAGUGAUCGACCCCACCAUCAACCCACGCCACAUGGAGAUGUACGCUGACAAAGACAGCCGUGGUGGAGUGUUGGAGCCAGAGGGCACAGUGGAGAUUAAGUUCCGCAAGAAGGAUCUGGUGAAAACCAUGAGACGUGUGGACCCUGUUUACAUGGGCCUGGCUGAGAGACUGGGCACCCCAGAGCUGAGUGCGUCAGAUCGGAAGGAGCUGGAGACCAAACUAAAGGAGAGAGAGGAGUUUCUUCUUCCCAUCUACCAUCAGGUGGCAGUGCAGUUUGCUGACCUUCAUGACACACCAGGACGCAUGCAGGAGAAAGGAGUCAUUACUGACGUCCUGGAGUGGCGAACGUCGCGGCAGUUCUUCUACUGGCGCUUACGCCGCCUCCUGCUGGAGGACACAGUGCAGAGGAAGAUCCAGAGGGCCAACAGUGAGCUGACCGACGGCCAGGUGCAGGCCAUGCUCCGCCGCUGGUUUGUGGAAGCCGAGGGUGCCGUUAAGGCCUAUUUAUGGGACAGCAAUGAGGAUGUGGUGGAGUGGCUGGAGAAGCAGCUGACAGAGGAGGAAGGUGCCAGAUCAGUCAUUGAUGAGAACAUUAAAUACAUCCGCAGGGACCACAUUCUCAAGCAGAUCCGCAGCCUGGUUCAAGCCAAUCCCGAGGUUGCUAUGGAUUCCAUCGUCUACAUGACCCAGCACAUCUCCCCAACUCAGCGGGCCGAAGUGGUGCGCAUCCUCUCCACCAUGGAUGCCCCUGCGUCCUCUUGAACACACUACACACACGCCGGGGCUUUUUUUUUUUAUGGAGCUGCUGGAAACUGGACAAGAGGAGCCAACAUGGACUACUGGAACUUUAGAUGCGACUCUGUUGGCUAUGAUUCUGAACAAAACAGCUGUGUAAAAUCAUGUAAAGGCGUUUUUGUGGCACUCGUCUCAGUGCUAAUACAUCAAUAUGAUGUACAUUUUGAGGGACAAAGUCUUAAGUAUGUUCGAAUUUGUGUGAUUAAGCUUUGCAUUUAUUAAAAUAAGUGCAAUUUAAAUAGACAAAACAAAAAGAAAUUCUAUGUGAAAGUCAAUCAUUGGUGAUAUAAAGUAUUUAGUUUCAUAGAGUUUCAUAUUCACAUUGUAGAAACGCACAUACUGAAGAGAGAGGAUUCCUGUCAAGAGUAGCUUUUCAUAUCUUUUCCUUAAAAAUAGCAAUUUGACAUUGCUGUUAUCUUAGCUAACGCACUUAACAGCUUACACAAUGGCCAAAACAUGGCCAGUUGAGGGCCACUGCUCUUAUACUCUGAUCUAAGUACAGCAGUGUGCUUUCUGUCUGAUAGUCUCACGGGGCCAGAUGUGAUCUUGUAAUGAGAGCCUCUGAGGAUGACCAUGAGAAGUUCUGGGCUAAAGGCGUGUGGGAAAGAGCCCAGACUAGAGGAGUUUUGGGGGUGUGUUUACCCUUUUUAGAGGCUGAUUUUGCUGCGAUCCGGCACCAGAAGUUUAAGUUGUCCCCAGAUGUUACAAAAUCACAUCUGGCCCUGUAAUGAUGAAUGAAUGAGGUCAGAAAAAACAAUCUCAGAUCAGAGCAAAAGAGCAAGUUCCUUUAACUGGGGCCAAACUGGGUGCACAUGUAGCAACCCUUAACUUCCACACACACUACUUUUCAAGCUUAUUACAAUCGUAACCCAACACACCCGUGAGUGCACCUUACCCCACCUCCCCAACCCCAAAUCUAGUUACACACUGGUCACACAGUGUUUUUUAGUGUUAUUCAGCAGAAGCAACUUGUAUUGCUUGUUUGCUUAUUUGUUGUUUUGGCCUCCUUGGUAACCACCAAAAUCGUGUUUUUUUUUUUGUUUUUUUUUAUGUGUAAUACUACACGCACAAUAAGGUGUUUUUUUUUAAAUAUAGCUAAUUUAUUAAUGAAAAGUUAUGGUUUAAAAAUAAUAAAAACAGAUAAACCAUAUGGGAUGCUGUAGUUAGAUGCUAAACUAAAACUGGGUAAGUGUGCUUUGACCUUCGCACUAGAAACAUAGGACCAAAGCGAAGGUCAUUAUUGUCUAAAACAAAAUAUAAAAGUGACUUUUUUGUGAGUUACAUGCUGUACACUUUGUGAUAAAACAUUCUUCUGUUAGAGAGAAGUGAUGGGGGGAAAUGGAGUAAUCAGUGAUAUGAGGUGAGUGAUGUAGGUCAUGUGUGCUGAUGGAGGGAAUGAGUGCUGGGGUCAGUCCACUGUUGUGUACGGCAUUGUGAAGGUGGCAGAUGCUGCUGGAGCGUCUUUAAGUUCAGCACUCGUGUAGUAACUACUUAAUGGUGUGAAAGGUCAGAGGAGACGCGUUUGUCUGAAGUUUGCUUUGACCUGGAUUGAUGGUGAAACUGCUGAGCCUGUCUUACCUGUCUGAGACCCUCGACUAACGUGUUACUGAAGAGAGCAGGGGCUGGUGUAUGUUUACUGUGGCUAACUGGAGUUGCCUCUCAAUAUAACUGAAUAAAACCAGUUUAUUAAACCUC